AGGGGGUUGCCCAGUAGUUGAUAAGCCGCCAGAACUGAGGGAGAGCUCUAGCAGUCUUCAGAAGGCAGAAGCGGAGGAGCUCUGGGAGAGUGGUUAAUAAACAGAAUGAUACAAAUCCUGGAGCCACGGUCUCUACCACGUUCAAUAAUGCCUGUUGACGUUGCAGUUAGGAUUUGCUUGGCCCAUUCUCCUCCACUGAAAAAAUUUCUCAGUCCCUAUGAAGACUGCAAAGGGAGAAACUUUGUGAACCGCUAUAAGCCCUUAAGAUCAUGUCUCAUUUUAAAAAAGGAAUCUGAUUCUAGAAGCAAUGAAUGGAAUAGAUCCAAAUCAAGAAACAAAAAGCAGGUCAUUUUUGCUGAUUCCAAAGGACUUUCCCUUACUUCAGUGCAUGUGUUCUCAGAGUUUAAAGACGAACCUUCCAUAGAUUUCCAGUUUGGCUUGGUUGACUUGGAAGACAUCACAGCUGGUUUAAAACUACACGAAGAAAAGAACUUGAUUUUAGGUUUUACUCAACCUUCAGCUGAUUAUUUACAGUUCCGCAACCGCCUUCAGAAGAACUUGGUCUGUUUGGAGAAUUGCAGCCUUCAGGAAAGGUCCGUAGCUGGCACAAUCAAGGUAAAAAAUUUGAGCUAUGAAAAAACUGUUAAAGUUCGAAUAACCUUUAACACAUGGAAAACCUUCACAGAUGUCGAAUGUGUCUAUAUGAAUAACCUCUAUGGUGGUAACGAAAGUGACACUUUUUCAUUUGCAGUUGAUGUACCACCCAACAUUCCCAACCAUGAAAAAAUAGAGUUUUGUGUAUGCUUUGAAAGUAAGGGCAAAAUCUUCUGGGAUAAUAAUGAUGGGCAUAAUUAUUCUGUUGUGCAUGCGGAAUGGAAGUCUGAUGGUGUGCAGGCACCUGUUAAUAGCGAUCAAACAUCAAGCAACUUCCAGAAAUCAAAGCAAUACAGCGACUGUGAUCAGUUUGGAAGUCCCAGAACUUCCACCGGUUUAUUCCCUGAAUGGCAGAGUUGGGGUAAAUUUGUGAACACAGCGCCUUAUUGGUGAAGAUAACCAAGCAGCAAUCUUUCUUAAUCUGUAUUUCAGCAUCCUAAACCUGAAAAUAAGCAAAUUUAAAUAUAAAUCUGCUACAAGUAGUAUACAUUCAUGACUUUGUCGUGAACAAAGAUGCAAAAAUAAGUGAGUACAAAUUUAAGAUAUGAUUCUUAUAUCUGCUUGAAUCUGUCUACGUUAGAAAUACUGUUAGAAGUCAUAAGAACUGAAUUUCUGAUGAGUCUGAUAAGGAUAUGCAUUUUGACAGUAUGCCUUGUAGCUCAUUUAUGUGGACUGCAUCAAAGCUUGAGAGGAUAAUACAGAUGCAAGAUUGGACUUAUCCCACAGGGUCUUGCAAGUGUUUAAGAAUGGAUCACUAGUACAAAAUGGGCAACACUGGGAUUAGCACCCUUUCAAAUGCAUCCAGCACAUGUUGGGAGGAGCAAACACUUGGGUAGCUUGGCUGUAUUUAACAGCAAAUCUAUAGUGUAAGAUUUUAGGAGCUGGCCUUUUAAAGUCACAUUGAUAGGUGAAUGUAACAAUACAAUGGGUUUAGAAGUAGGAAGCUAAAUGCGUAUUAGAAUGUGAGCCAUAAAAUUAAUAUAAUAAUAAAAUUAUGAAAUGCAGUAGUGUAUCUGGUGUUAAUUUUUAAUAAAAUACCCUGUUAAAAUUCUUGCAGCUGAAGGACCCAGUACAGCUGACAAUACAUUUUCUUUAAGUGCCUUAUCAAAAUCUGUUGCCAAACCAAAAUUGCACAAUUGUAGGUUGUCUGCCACAUUUUUUUUAAUCUUUUAUAGUGGAUUUUUUUUCCUGUGUCAUACAAAAAAUGUUAAAUCUGGUAACACUAUACCAUCACAAUUCUUUAGUUUUAUCAGUGAUUCUGCAUUUCUCAUAAACCACAGAUGACUUUUGAAUAUGGAAGGGAAUGAUAAAGGGGUACUCUUAAAGUGGCACAUUGACUCAGGACCUCUGUAUAUUUAUCCUGAUCCCAUAUGAUUUGGCACUUGUUUGCAAGCAAUCUAAAAAUUUUGUAUCCACUGUCUUUGUGUAGGGAUUACAGAUGUUUAUAAUGUCCUUCAUAUUGAAGGUAAAACAAUUGCACCUUUUUAUGUGAAUUUGGUAUGUAAUAGAAUUGUAGGUUCCUUAACACAAAGGAUGUAUGAAUUGUAGCUUGUUUUUUUGCACAUAUGCAGGCAAAGACUUUCAUAAAGUAGUAAUACCUGUUCUAAAUCAAACUUUAUUGCCUCCCCCUCAACAUUUAACUGCUGCUUAUUUAUUUGUUUUUCUCCAUUCUUUUGCCAUCUUCUAGACAAAUCGUUAUUCUGUGCACUUUUUUUUUUUUUUUUUUUUUUUUUACUUUUGUUUGAGCAGUAUAUUUUUCUACUUUAUAGAUGGGUUAAGAGUGUUCAACAUGUACAGUGUCUUUUUAAAAAGGAUUUAUAUGUAUAUUGUCUGAUUUUUGAGGGAGGUUUUCCUGGUGACUAAAAAUGGUUAGUGAUGCUCUCAUUCUAAAAAUGGUAAGCAUUAUUUGUUUAAAAUGAUUUUUAUUGUGAGAAUACAAGUAAGCUUUAACAAAUGUUUGUCACUUUAAAGAGAUGCCUGGAAAUGUUUUGAUUGGUUGAAAUAAAACAUACCCAGUUCUCAAUUGUUCUACUGAAAUGGUUUAUAUCACUGUACAAUGAAAUUGUGCUAUGUAAAUGAGUCUUUUCAAUAAAUUAUGUUUUUGUAUAAUUAAAA